GCAUGCGUUUGUCAUAAAAUUUGUACAUGCGCAUUACUGUAUUGUUUUGAUGAUAAUUUGAUAACGAACACUCGCUAGCGGUCGGUUUUGCGUUUUAUCGGGGAAGAUCCUCGUCACGAGAAGCGUGAGCGGCGCCAAUACCGCCAACCUCAAGUGUACUUUCGUUUUUUAUGCGUUUUUGUUCACGCAUCGGCUUGAUUCUCGCCGCGCGCUUGAAAUACGAGCGCGUCCGGUAGGUUAUCAGCGGAUCGAAGAGAUUGUAAACGGCCGUUCGUCGUUUGUCUUCGGCGAAAACGACUUUGUUUAACGCGUAACCCACUUGUCCUUAUCGUGCACAGCAUGAGUGAACAAGAAGCAGAACCACAAAACCCACAGAACACCAAUAUGAGUGCACAUGAUAUGGAGAAGAUGGAAGAGGAGAAGUUGAAGGCCAAGUAUCCGGCGGGUGCAAUGGCUGCAGGCAGGUCAAUCAGUGGCCACACUGCUUUCUUACAAAAACGACUUGCUAAAGGACAAAAAUUCUUUGAUUCUGGUGAUUAUCAGAUGGCAAAGCAGAAGAUUGGCAUCAAUAAACAGCCACCGAAAGUCGCCGGCCCUGCGAAUCCGUUCGGAUCAACUGGCGAUGCCAUUCCCACACCGGAGACCGUCCCGGCACGAAAAACUUCCAUAAUCCAGCCGUCGAAGUUCACGCCGAACAUCAGCUAGUUCCGCAGAUGGCGGGCGGCGGUAGUUGUUGUUUAGUUCGCUCAUCGGCAGCCACCCGCGCGUUCGGAAACGAUGUUUAUAUUUUCCUAUGUGCGUCGUCUUAUUAAUAUUAGUAUUCAUUUGCUUAUGAAAAUCGUUCUCAAUUAACUGGUGAUACACAUAAAUCUAUUAACACUAACAAUUAUUUGAGUUAUCUCCACAACAGCACUAGCACUAGCGCUACAACUUCGAAUGGAUGAUUGUAAAGUAAACGAAAACAAAAAGACUUUGGGCUGAGAGUCACCUUUAUUAGGUCAUUAGGUAUUAUAAUAUUUUGGUCAGCUGUUGAUUAACAAAGAAAAUUACUAACUGAAACAAAUCGAGGCAAAGGAGUUGCAUUAAAAUGUGAAUUUAUGUAUUAAAUUACUACUUUUUAAA